AUGCGGGAGCGCAUCGAAGUGGCGAGGCUUGAUGCGGUGACAGCUUCGGUGGAACGUGCUGCUGAAAAGCGUGGCAUUCUGCAACUCCUGGGAGAUGCGGACAAGAAGGUUCUGGAGGCCGAGAAGGCCGUGGAGGCUGCCGCUGAACUGGCCGUGCCCCUCCAGGAGCUGAUGGCCAGCGAGGACGACUUCAGAUCAUUGCAGAAAUUUGGCACAGAUGGCUUAUGUGACAAAUCGGCGGCCGAUGCAAAGCAUGACAAGAACGCCAAGGAGGAGGACGACGAGACCAAGGAAGAGGUCAAGGAAGAAGACAAAGUCAAGGAAGAAGAGGCAAAAGAUGGAAACGCCGAAGGGAAGGCCGCCAAGGUGCAGACGACACGCAGCUUCCCCAAGUUGCGAGCAGGCAACUCAGCAAGGAGCCCAGAGGCUGCGGCAAUUGUCCUGAGUUGGAUCGCAGACCUCCUUCCAGGAAAUGCACCAGCUAGCCUGGCCUGUUGCUUCGCCCUUUCUUCCUUGCCUUUCUUUUGCUUGCUGUCUCACUGCCCGCUUGCUGUCUGGUCUCCUGGCUCGAGGUUUAUGGAGGUUCAUGGGGACAAGAGCUGCACGGGUGGGUUUGAAGGAAUGGUCUGGAUCCUACUGGCUCCCUGCCUGGGGCCGGUGUACCUGGGGCAGCUGGAGUUGCCAACCCAGAUGCUGCUAUUCCUGGCCGCGAGCAUCCCGAGCGCCCUGACCCAGGCGGUGCCCGGCACCGCGGCCUUCGACCUCGCGGCCGCCUCGCUGAUGUCGGCCAUGCCGGGCUUCGACCCAUCCGCAUGGGCAGGCAUCGCUUUCCCGUCCUUCGCUCUUCCGGCGGGCGCAGCUCCUGACCUCUCGCAGCAGCUGAAGGAAGCACAAGCCUUGGUGGUGAGCAAGGAGAAGGACAAAAUGGAGAAAGGUGACAAGGUCGACCGGAAGAAGGCGCCUCAGGCACCGCAAGGUGGUGACGUGCUCCGGCUCCGGGGGCUGCCCUGGUCUGCUGGGCCACCGGAAGUCGCCCAGUUCCUGCAUGAGUAUGGGAUCAGCGAGCGAGACGUCACCAUGUGCGUCACCGAAUCCGGCCGGCAAGAUGGCCAUGCCUGGGUGGUCUUCCAAAGUAGAGAUGUGGCAAAGAAGGCGAUGCAGGAGAAGCAGAGGCAAACACUCGGUGGCCGGUUCAUUGAGCUUUUUCAGUGGAAGGAUCACUCGAAGGAGAAGACCACAGUAGCGAACACCACGAAAGUUUACACCGGCAUACUGAAACAUUUCGAUGCCCAGCGGAAGUGCGGGUACAUACACUCUCCAGAUGCCGAGGCUGACAUAGGCAAGCAGGACAUCUACGCUUUCAGAGACGUCCUGGAGCGUGGCAAAGCGUGCGUGGGUGACACACUGGCUUUUCCUUUGCAUUGGUCUCCGAAGGGACAGCCCCAGGCAUCUUCCCCUUUGAUUCGUAUAUCGGCGAGGAAUAGUUACGCGCAUACUGGCAACUUCAAGAUCUUGCCAGCAGACAUGAGCGGGCGACAAGCGGGCUUGAUCGAGUGCGCAGAGGUAAAUCAAGUAUUUGGGCGCGCGGUGUAUGUCAGUCCGUCCCUGGCAGUCACCCUUACGCCAGGUACCUUCGUAGCAUUCAACUGCUACCUCGCUUCGAUGCCUGCUGCCUUUGCGCGGGCACCGCUUGAUGGUCUCAAUGUGCCGGUCUGCAGUCACGCCAUAAUGGUGGAGACGAGCUUCGUCUCACCUGGGCCGGAGCUCAACGAGACCAAGACAGCCGAGGGCUUUGACAGAUCUGGCUACCGAGAUCCUGUGAUGUCUGAUGCAGACGGAGAAGUUUGCCGCUUCUUUGCUCUGGCCGGCUGGUGUAAAUAUGGCGACGCCUGCCGACACAAACACGUUCAGGGAGUGCCGCAGGGAGGCAAGGGCGCUGCCCCAAGGGAGAUCUGCGCCUUCUUUCAGAAGUCUGGAUGGUGCAGAUUUGGCGACUCCUGCAAGCAUGCGCACGUGGUAGGCGUCGCAGGCAAUUUCGCAGGAGAGAGCUUCGAGCAGCUGACAAGUCAACCUCGCGACGUGGAUCAAGCGGCUUGUUUAGAGCAGCUGGAUGCGCUUCAAAAGCGUCUGGAUGCUGCAAUGCGGCGGUUGGCCGAGGUACGCAGAGGAAGCACAGACAGGCAGUAUGCCAAGGCCAGAAAGGUCAUGGAGUCAGUGGACUUCAGCCGCUUCAGCCGCUUCAGCCAGGUGUGGCCGACGCGAGCAGACAGACGCCUACAGCUAGCGCAUGUCCUAGCCGAAGGGAAUUCGGCAAUUCUGUCACGACUCCUCCGCGUUGAUGCAGUGGAUGGGCGGACCCUGGAUCUCGACAACCCAGACAUAUUGCAGUACAUCACACCGGAAGCUCUUGCAGUUUCGCAGGAGGCCCAAAGGAUCGGUGCACACACGAUUGUACACAAAGAUGGUGAACUCGUGAAGUUCCAUGACCACUUGACCGCUGGAGGCAUUGCCUGCGCAAUGUCCCAUCACAAAGCGUUGCGAACGGUAGCAGAGCAUCCGACGGCCGAGUGGGGACUAAUUAUGGAAGAUGAUAUCCAGGCCCUGGUUCCUGACGUUCACGAAGUCAUCGCCAAGGCAGUCCAGCGUUUGCCCUCCAACUGGGAUGCUGUUUUUUUGGGCUACCAUGGUGGAACCCUUGAUGGGUUCGCACCUGGUGGCCGAGACACUGAACAGGAACAUACGCGUGCAAAGUUCGAGCUGCAGAUUGAUGAGAUGCGCGGCUAUGUGGACGAAUUUCGUGGCUCGGUGGAUAGGGAGGAGCUUGAGGCGGAUGAAGUGCCCAUGCUUAGAAUGUACAGCCCUCUCUAUGGUCUGUAUGCAUGGGCGGUUAAAAAGGAAGCCGCCGCCACUCUUCUGAACGAGGCUUUCCCUGUAGGCGGACAGGUGGACCAUGCGUUAUCACUCUGGCUGGUCCAGCAUGGCCAUUGCUUCAAAGUUGCCCCUCGACAUUUACUUUUCUACAGCCCCAAGAGCGAGGUAGGUCUGGAUUCCGACAUUCAGACCAUGACACAUCUUGACAGCUUGCUGGCUGAUCCCGAGCACUGCGACAGAUACGUUGAUUUCAUAAACAGCAACCAGAGCGCGGAGGAUCCCGACGUGGAAGCUUCCAAGGAGGCCUUCCAGGCCUUGAUGGAUCUUCCCGAGGAUGCCGAGCCCCUGCAGAUGCAGUCCGUCCUCUCAAGGGCCGCAGCAGCACAGACAGAGGCCACGACUGCAAUCCAAGCAGCUCGAGUGCCCCUGGUGGAGCGGUUGCAGAAGGCCAAAGCCGACGGAGUUACGACAGACACCUCUGAAGUGUUGAAGGAAUUCCAGGAAAUGUUUGCCAAGUUGGCGCCCCUGCAGACCAAGCUGGACGAGCAGAGGAAGGAUGCAAACGACAAGGAGCACCGAUUUGUGGCAACUUGCCUGCCGCCCCGACAUGUUCAUGGAGCAGCAAGCUCGUCAUGUGUGCUCAAUGUCGGAUGA